AGGGUACGUUGGGCACGUGCAGGGGCGUGAGGUGGCGGCACGUAAUAGGAGCGCGCAGAGCAUGAUGGGGCACGUGCGGGAGCGCGAGGCGGGGCAUGUAACCAGAGCGUGGGGGGCAUGAUGGGGCACGGACGUGGGGGGUUAGGUGGGGCACGUAAUUGGAGCGGGCGGGGCACGAUGGGGCACUUGCAGGGGCGCGAGGCUGGGUACGUAACGGGAGCGCGCGGGGAAUGAUGGGGCACCUAACGAGCACGCACAGCAUGAUGGGGCACGGGUGCGAGGUGGGGCGCACAGUGGGAGUGCGUGGGGCAUGAUGGGACACAUGGCGAGGCCGUCAGGGCACAGGGAAGCACUUUUGGAACACAUGAGUGACAGGGCUGCCGCCCUUGAAGGAGCCCUCGGAGUGGCUGCGUGGUGGGGCACGUGGGGCAGGUUCAGGAAGAAGGAUGCAGUAUGUGAUUGCAGGGCAACCUGCCCGGGCAGUGAAUGUGGAUGGCUUGGCAGGUGAGCCUGCCGGAGCUGGAGGACCGGCUUCAGUGUCCCAUCUGCCUGGAGGUCUUCAAGGAGCCCCUGAUGCUGCAGUGCGGCCACUCUUACUGCAAGGGCUGCCUGGUUUCCCUGUCCUGCCACUUGGACGCCGAGCUGCGCUGCCCCGUGUGCCGGGAGGCGGUGGACGGCAGCAGCUCCCCGCCCAACGUCUCCCUGGCCCGGGUGAUCGAAGCCCUGAGGCUCCCUGGGGACCCGGAGCCCAAGGUCUGCGUGCACCACCGGAACCCGCUCAGCCUCUUCUGCGAGAAGGACCAGGAGCUCAUCUGUGGCCUCUGCGGUCUGCUGGGCUCCCACCAACACCACCCGGUCACGCCCGUCUCCACCGUCUACAGCCGCAUGAAGGAGGAGCUCGCAGCCCUCAUCUCUGAGCUGAAGCAGGAGCAGAAGAAGGUGAAUGAGCUCAUCGCCAAACUGGUGAACAACCGGACCCGAAUCGUUAAUGAGUCGGAUGUCUUCAGCUGGGUGAUCCGCCGCGAGUUCCAGGAGCUGCACCACCUGGUGGACGAGGAGAAGGCCCGCUGCCUGGAGGGGAUAGGGGGUCACACCCGUGGCCUGGUGGCCUCCCUGGACAUGCAGCUGGAGCAGGCCCAGGGAACCCGGGAGCGGCUGGCCCAAGCCGAGUGUGUGCUGGAACAGUUUGGCAAUGAGGGCCACCACGAGUUCAUCCGGUUCCACUCCAUGGCCUCCAGAGCAGAGCUGCCGCAGGCCCGGCCCUUAGAAGGUGCAUUCAGCCCCAUCUCCUUCAAGCCAGGCCUCCACCAGGCUGACAUCAAGCUGACCGUGUGGAAAAGGCUCUUCCAGAAAGUUCUGCCAGCCCCGGAGCCUCUCAAGCUGGACCCUGCCACUGCCCACCCACUCCUGGAGCUCUCCAAGGGCAACACGGUGGUGCAGUGCGGGCUCCUGGCCCAGCGGCGCGCCAGCCAGCCUGAGCGCUUCGACUACAGCACCUGCGUCCUGGCCAGCCGCGGCUUCUCCUGCGGCCGCCACUACUGGGAGGUGGUGGUGGGCAGCAAGAGCGACUGGCGCCUGGGGGUCAUCAAGGGCACAGCCAGCCGUAAGGGCAAGCUGAACAGGUCCCCCGAGCAUGGCGUGUGGCUGAUCGGCCUGAAGGAGGGCCGGGUGUACGAAGCCUUUGCCUGCCCCCGGGUACCCCUGCCCGUGGCUGGCCACCCCCACCGCAUCGGGCUCUACCUGCACUAUGAGCAGGGCGAACUCACCUUCUUCGACGCCGACCGCCCCGAUGACCUGCGGCCACUCUACACCUUCCAGGCCGACUUCCAGGGCAAGCUCUACCCCAUCCUGGACACCUGCUGGCACGAGAGGGGCAGCAACUCGCUGCCCAUGGUGCUGCCCCCGCCCAGCGGGCCUGGCCCCCUCAGCCCCGAGCAGCCCACCAAGCUGUAGGGCCGCCUGGGGUCCUGCUGGCCCACAGGCCCAUCCCCGCGGGGCACCGGGGACUCGCGGGCUUCUGCUGGGUCCCGCCCGAGGUGAUAUCGUCACUGUUUAGGAAGGUCUUCAGGCCUGUGUGUCCCUGGAACAUGUAAUGAUAGGGAACAGGACCCCAGUUCCUUUCCCCUCAGCCAGGGGUAUAUUUGUAAACUUCGGCCCCCAGGCCUUGGCAGCCAGGGACACACUGAGCUCCCCAUGGUUCCUGCCACCUGCUAACCACGCUGUCUGCACAGACGCUUCCGAGGGCAGAAAUAGUCCCAUGUAUACCUUUUCCAUAUUACUGUGAACUUUCAACUGCUAUCAAGGAUAAUAAAUUUGACAUUAUUUCUUUCUCUUUAAAUGAUUUGC